CCUGCCUCUCGCACUACGCGCCUUUCAGAUCCGCAUGACCGAAGACACUCAGCUCCACCUGAGCGAACGUGGUGACAACUCCCAUCUGGAGGCCAGUUCCCACAAUGGAGCCAUCCAGGUCGCCGACAAGAGCGCUCCCUAUCUCUCUGCGCCGGACACUCACGACGUGGAACCACCCAACUCGCUCUCGUCCCUCUCGCAAGUACGCAAGAACAUCCUCUUCGCUUGCUUCUGCCUCACAAUCUUUAUCGACGGCGCGGGAAACACGGCGAUGUUCGUGAUGGUGUCCCCUAUUGCACGCUCGCUAUCCAUACCACCAUCACGAGAGGGCUGGAUCCCUACCUCUUACGCAAUGGUUUUCGCAGCAUUGAUGCUGCUCGCAGGCCGCCUUGCAGACUUGUACCCGCCUCACAUCGUGUUUACCAGCGGCUACUUCGGCCUCGGUGCGAUGUGGCUUGCCAUCUCCUUUGCGCAAGAUCAAUACACAUUCUUCACCCUUCGCGCAAUUUGCGCACUUUUUGCAGUUCUUACUGUGCCGAGCAGUCUGAACAUGAUCGUCCAGAUGUUCCCCGACAAAGUGACACAGGCAAAACGGCUCGCUCUGUUUGGCAUGGCCGGCGCAUUGGCUAGCACGCUGUCACCGAUUUUGGUCGGCCUCUUUCUUCUUUCAUCUUGGCGUUGGUUCUUUCGCUUCGUCGCGUGCAUCGCUAUCCCCUUUUCGCUCUUCGCGAGGGCCUUCAUGCCCCUCACGCAUGCCGUGGCACAGGCUGUGCCAGGCCGCCAGAAGUGGCGGAGACUCGACCUCGGUGGAGUAUUCCUCCUCGUCGGGGCCCUCGUUCUCUUCAUGUUCGCUUUCUCCGAGGCAUCGGCGGCUGGGUGGACAUCCCCGUCGUUCUACGCACCUCUCAUAGUCUCGUUGGCCCUCCUCGCAGCAUUCGUGAUCUGGGAACACUGUCAGCCGGAUGGGCUGUCUCUCCUCCCUCCGGACAUCUGGCACUACUCGAACAUAGGUCUCCUCAUUAUUCUGGGCCUUCUUCCCGCAGCUGCAUUUUCAACAUAUUCCAUGCGCUGCGCGGUCUACUUCCAGGACGCCUUAGGUGACACGUCCAUUGUCGCGGCGCUGAAGCUCAUUCCGAUGGGUGCCGUCGCCGUCAUCGCGGGACUCUUAUGUCAACCGUUUCCCGUCCUGAUGAUGCGGCCCCGCAUCGUUCAACCGAUCGCAUGUCUCCUUACUUUCGCCGGCACCAUGCUGCUCGCUUUCAGCGGUGGAGGCUGGGGAGCUGACUACUGGAGAUACAUCUUUCCCGCGCAGCUGAUCGGUACUUUCGGGGCGAUGCUCGUAUUCAUCGGCGUGAACUGCGCCAUCAUCCAGAGCUUUCCCUUUGAAUAUGCUGGGGUGGCUGGGUCUUUUGCCCAGGUCGUCUUUACGAUCGGGAGCGUGGUAGGGAUCGCAAUCCAGUCUGGGUUAGUCGCAACGGGCCAAGGGGGCACCGAUUGGACGGGUGACCGCAACGCAUAUGUGUUCUUAUCGGCCUACUGCAUCGCUGCCGGUGCGCUGUGCGGCGCACUCUUCAGAAAUCCUUUACCCAAGAUCAGGACAUCUGACAUUGAUGGGGUGGCAUAGAAUCGUACACAUCCAUGAUAUGUACAUGCUACAACAGAG